GGAACAUUGUGAAAAGCUUUUUGAAAAUACAAUUAUGCUGUCUUGCCCAGGUGUGUUGGAUGCUUCCUUCUUCCAGAGCACUGUGGCAGGCUGGUUAGUGUUCCUUCCUUCCACAGAAGGAGAUGCCUACGUAACACACGUUGCCAGCAAUUGUACUGAAUACUUUGCUGCUGAACUGGUUGCUCAGGUACCCAGCCUGUCUCUGUUGCUAUGGGAGAUUGGAAGACUAUUACUGUGCCGGUGCUGUCAUCAGAUAGCAAAAAUAUAUUUCCAUAUACCUCAGAAGAAAGGAGAUCUCCUACAAGCAUGAGCUCACAAGUGCUACGCUUGUCACUGCCUUCGUCCAAAAGCAUGCACAGCUUUUUCAGUGCCUUCUGCACAGAAGAGAAUAUUGAACAGAGUAUAGCCUAUAUUGAUAGGGAAUUAACAACAUUGGGAUUUCCCUCUAUUUAUGCGGAGUCCAAAGGAAAAGAAUUAGAUGUAGUAUCUAUGGUAAAUUGUAUAAAUGAAUUGCUUGUACUGCAGCACAAGAACCUUCGAGCUCAGGAAGAAAUAGAAAUACAGCAUCUGAAACUGGGAAGUGAUAUGGAUCACUUGCAGAACUGCUAUGCUAAGUUAAAGGAACAGUUGGAAUUAUCUAAAAGGGAAAUAGUUGGGCUUCAGGAAAGAGACAGACAACUGCAAAGCAAGAACAGAAAUUUGCACCAAUUACUUAAAAAUGAAAAGGAUGAAGUUCAGAAGUUACAGAAUGUAAUUUCAAGUAGAGCUACACAAUACAAUCAUGAUAUGAAGAGGAAAGAGAGAGAAUACAACAAAUUAAAGGAGCGCUUACAUCAGUUAGUCAUGAAUAAAAAAGACAAAAAGUUAGCUAUGGAAGUUCUAAAUUAUGUUGGUAGAGCUGAUGGGAAGAGAGGUGCAUGGAGGACUGAUAAGACAGAAGCCAGAAAUGAAGAAGAAAUGUACAAAGUUCUGUUAAGUGAUUAUGAACAACGCCAAAAACAGCUUUUACUGGAAAAUACUGAGCUAAAGAAAGUUCUUCAGCAAAUGAAGAAAGAUAUCAUUUCACUUCUUCCACCACAGAAGCAAAAACCUAAAGAAAGAUCUGAAGAUGGGCUGGUGCUGUCAGACCAGGAGGAAGAUAUUGGAGAAUUAAAUAAAGAGAAUAUGUGGGAAUUAUCUUGUGAAACUGUGCGGGAGCAGCUUACCAACAGCAUUAGAAAGCAGUGGCGAAUGUUGAAAAAUCACGUUGAAAAGCUGGAUAACCAAGUGUCACGUGGACAUUCAGGAGCUUUGAAUGAAAAAGAUGUCAUUUCAAGAGAAGACCAUGAGCUAGAAACUGGGAAACUAGAGUUAGAGAUUCAGCAAUGUAAAGAAAUGAUCAGAACUCAGCAACAGCUCUUACAGCAACAGCUUACAUGUGAUGAUGACACCACUCUGUUACUACAAGACUGCUAUUUGUUGGAAGAAAGAGAGCGUCUUCAGGAAGAAUGGAGACUAUUUCGAGAGCAAAAAAAGAAUUUUGAGAAGGAACGAAAAAGUUUUACAGAAGCUGCUAUUAGAUUAGGACUUGAGAGAAAGGCAUUUGAAGAAGAUAGAGGAGCAUGGCUGAAGCACCAGUUCUUAAGUAUGACUGCUGAUUGCAAGUCUGAAAAUGUGACAACUCCAAGUGCCUUCUUAAGAAGUUCUGAUGCGGACAUUCAUUUAGUGAGAUCUGCAUCUCAGCAAAGAAGACCUCCCUCUGUGUCAAGUCCUACUGUUUCACCAGAACCCUGGCAGAUAUCUCAGUAUAUUACACAAAACAGUGUUGCAUCAGAAAAACCUGCUGCAGAUUACAUGCCAAAUCCGUGGGUUGAAAGUGAUGACAAAGAAGAAACUGAAGAAUGCACAAAGUCAUGGGAAGACUCUGGGCUUGGCACUCUAUGUAGAAACUUGCACAUGGAACAGCUGCCUUAG